AUGAAGAACGCCUACUGCGAGGGCGGAGGAGUCCAACUUGAAGGCUCCCAAAUCGUGGAAACUUUGUCAGACGUAUACCUCGGACGUUCUGUGAACAUGAAAAAUGACUUGAAGGAAGAACUGAAUAGAAGAAUGAUUCGCAGUAUUCGCAGCCGUCAGGGAAGGUACAGACCAACUGGCGGACCAAGAUCUUCGUGCCCAUCUGUUUCUACUGGACAGUUCUUCCAGCGCUCUGUUAUGCAGCGGAGACGUGGGCAGACACCGCUGCCACGUCUAGGAAGCUACUUACUACCCACAGAGCCCUUGAGAGAUGUGUUGUGA